GACAGGUUAGUGCAUCUCUUCAAUUUACAGAGAACUUGGAGGUGAACGGAACCAUUGUGUGGCUGAAGAGGUCGCUGUGUCAGCCGUGAGAAGCUCCGUUCAGCUCCGAGCCCAGCCCCGUGCGCCUCCCAGCACCAGGAUGGUUUCCUUCAUCCUCUGCCUUCUCCCUGCUCUCCUAGCUACAACGAGUGCACAAGCACAAACCGUGACAUGCCAAAAGUGCUCCGGCUCCGCAGAAUCCUGCCAGUCUCCAGCACCGACCUGCUCAGUAGACACGGCUAAAGGCGGCUGCUUUACGAUGGCAGAAGAAAAUACAUUGCGUGGGACAAAGGCCACGGGCUUCUCCAGAGACUGUAUGAAUGACUUCAGUGGUGUCAUAAAAGACCCCGUCACUGUCACUCUUGGGAAUGGCAAGUAUCUGCGGAUCAACAUCAAACAAUGCAGCACAGAUAACUGUAACUCGGCUGUACUGGCAGUGCCCACGGUGGACUCUACCGCAAAAGAGGUGCAGUGCCCAACCUGCUUUGCUCUGAACGGCGAUCCCUGCAACACCCAAACCAUCCCUUGUACAGGGAAUGAGGACUAUUGCGUCGAUUUCGCUGGGACCCUAACGAAAGGUUCAGAGAUAUCAUCAACAUUUGCUGCAAAAGGCUGCGGUUCUGCGUCCACAAAAGAGAUUAAAGCUGGAACCUCCCUGGUUUCUGCAGUCUACACGUACACGUUCACAAAGGCGACCUCCAAACCUGCAGAGAAGACCACCACCAGUGGGGCCAGCCCGGCUCUGGGGAAAUUCUCCUUUGCCCUCUACCUGCCUGGCCUGACUGGGCUGCUGCUGGUGAAGCUGCUCUCCUGACCCCGCCCGGCACGGGCCACGCAGCACCUGAUUCCUGCGCGUUGCAGCCCCGAGCUAUGAAUCCUACGUUAAUUCUAUUGAUUGCUCACGAAGUCCCAGUGAUCACUGGGAGGUCUGACAGGUUCUGGUCCCUAGAUCCGUCCCAGUGUUAUUAAAAUUGC